AGCUAGAAACCAAAGGCAGUUACAAAGCUCUAGAGAGAGAAACACAAAAAGAAGAAAGAAAGAAUUGUAGAGAGAGAAACAAAAUGAAAGAAGUGAGUGAGGAAGGACAAGCUCAUCACCAUGGAAAAGACUAUGUGGACCCACCGCCAGCUCCUCUUCUUGACAUGGGUGAACUCAAGCUCUGGUCUUUUUACAGAGCUCUUAUAGCUGAGUUCAUAGCCACUCUCCUGUUUCUUUACAUAACUGUAGCCACUGUCAUUGGCCACAAAAAGCAGACUGAUCCAUGUGGUGGCGUUGGGCUUCUUGGCAUUUCAUGGGCUUUUGGUGGCAUGAUUUUCGUCCUUGUGUACUGCACUGCUGGGAUCUCUGGUGGUCACAUUAACCCUGCGGUGACUUUUGGCUUGUUCUUGGCACGAAAGGUGUCACUACUGAGAGCCGUUGCUUACAUGGCAGCACAGUGUCUGGGUGCUAUCUGUGGUGUUGGGUUAGUGAAAGCUUUCAUGAAGACCGAGUUCAACUCACUGGGCGGUGGAGCUAACUCGGUUGCACCCGGUUACAACAAGGGUACUGCUCUAGGUGCUGAAAUUAUUGGAACUUUUGUGCUGGUCUACACUGUGUUCUCUGCUACUGACCCAAAAAGAAGUGCUCGUGACUCUCACGUGCCUGUUCUGGCUCCGUUGCCCAUCGGGUUUGCUGUUUUCAUGGUUCAUCUGGCCACUAUUCCCGUCACCGGUACCGGUAUCAACCCGGCCAGGAGUUUCGGUGCUGCUGUUAUUUACAACAACGAGAAAAUCUGGGAUGACCAUUGGAUCUUUUGGGUUGGACCAUUUGUGGGAGCGCUUGCCGCAGCAGCAUACCAUCAGUAUAUAUUGAGAGCUGCAGCUAUUAAAGCUUUGGGAUCAUUCCGUAGCAACCCCACAAACUGAGAAGCACCAUUACAAGCAUGGAAAAGACUCUGAGAAUCUUUGCAUGUUAUCAUAUUUAUUUUAGUGUGUGUGUGUGUGAACUUUGAACUAUGAAGGGACUAUGAGUUUGCUAUUCUUAAUUAAAAUUUGAAAUAGUUGAAUCUUUUGUUACUAGCUUUGGCUGUGUAUUUGGUAGGAGUAGUAAUGGAUAGUGGUGUUGUUUCUUUCACUUUCUGCAUUGUGUACUAUCUAUCCCCCCUGUCUCAUUGUCUUUAAUGGUAUUCAGAACUCUGUGGUCUUUUGUUUUUA